AUGGUCGCCAACAGAGGAGAGAUCCCCAUCCGCAUCUUCCGGACGGCCCACGAGCUGUCGCUGCACACCGUCGCCAUCUACAGCCAUGAGGACCGCCUGAGCAUGCAUCGCCAAAAGGCCGACGAGGCCUACGAGAUCGGCCACCGCGGCCAGUACACGCCCGUCGGCGCGUACCUGGCCAGCGACGAGAUUGUCAAGAUCGCCGUCGAGCACCAGGUCAACAUGAUUCACCCGGGCUACGGCUUCUUGUCGGAAAACGCAGAGUUUGCGCGCAAGGUCGAGCAGGCCGGUCUUAUCUUCGUUGGCCCCUCGCCAGACACCAUUGAUGCCCUUGGCGACAAGGUCUCCGCCCGCAGACUCGCCAUCAAGUGCAACGUGCCCGUCGUGCCCGGUACCCCCGACCCCGUUCAGAAGUUCGAGGACGUCAAGGCCUUCACCGACGAGCAUGGCUUCCCCAUCAUCAUCAAGGCCGCUUUUGGCGGUGGUGGCCGCGGUAUGCGUGUCGUCCGCGACCAGGCCUCGCUGAAGGAUAAUUUCGAGCGAGCGACAUCGGAGGCCAAGUCUGCUUUCGGCAACGGCACCGUCUUCGUCGAGCGCUUCCUCGACAAGCCCAAGCACAUUGAGGUCCAGCUGCUCGGUGACAACUACGGCAACGUGGUGCACCUGUACGAGCGUGACUGCUCUGUCCAACGUCGCCACCAGAAGGUCGUCGAGAUUGCGCCGGCCAAGGACCUCCCAGAGAAGACCCGUGACGCCAUCCUCAACGACGCCGUCCGACUUGCCCAGUCCGUCAACUACCGCAAUGCUGGUACCGCCGAGUUCUUGGUCGACCAGCAGAACCGCUACUACUUUAUCGAGAUUAACCCUCGAAUUCAAGUCGAGCACACCAUCACAGAAGAAGUCACCGGCAUCGAUAUCGUUGCUGCGCAGAUCCAGAUUGCUGCGGGUGCCUCGCUCGAGCAGCUUGGCUUGACCCAGGACCACAUCUCCACCCGUGGUUUCGCCUUCCAGUGCCGUAUCACCACGGAAGACCCUGCCAAUGGCUUCUCCCCAGAUACUGGAAAGAUCGAGGUGUACCGCUCCGCAGGUGGUAAUGGAGUUCGUCUCGAUGGUGGAAAUGGUUUCGCUGGUGCCAUCAUCACCCCCCACUACGACUCUAUGUUGGUGAAGUGCUCGUGCCGUGGUUCCACAUACGAGAUCGUCCGACGAAAGAUGCUGCGCGCCCUGGUUGAGUUCCGUAUCCGUGGUGUAAAGACCAACAUCCCCUUCCUGCUCAAGCUCCUCACACAUCCCACUUUCAUCGACGGAAAGUGCUGGACGACCUUCAUCGACGACACGCCCGCGCUCUUCAACCUCAUCGGCUCCCAGAACCGUGCCCAGAAGCUGCUCGCAUAUCUCGGAGAGCUCGCCGUCAACGGCAGCCAGGUCAAGGGUCAGAUCGGCGAGCCCAAGUUCAAGGGCGAGAUCAAGGUCCCGGCCAUCAUCGACAGCAAUGGCAACAAGGUCGAUACCUCUAUGCCGGCGACUAAGGGAUGGCGCAACAUCAUCCUCGAGCAGGGCCCCGAAGGCUUUGCCAAGGCUGUCCGCGCGAACAAGGGCUGUAUGAUUAUGGACACUACAUGGCGUGAUGCCCAUCAGUCUCUCCUCGCUACUCGUGUGCGAACUGUCGACUUGCUCGGCAUUGCAAAGGAGACGAGCCACGCUUACGCCAACGCCUGGGCUUUGGAGUGCUGGGGUGGAGCAACCUUCGAUGUUGCCAUGCGUUUCCUCUACGAGGACCCCUGGGAAAGGCUGCGCAAGAUGAGGAAGCUCGUACCCAACAUUCCCUUCCAGAUGCUCCUCCGUGGAGCUAACGGUGUUGCCUACUCCUCGCUUCCUGACAACGCCAUCUACCAUUUCUGUGAGCAGGCUAAGAAGAAUGGUAUGGACAUUUUCCGUGUCUUCGAUGCUCUCAACGAUGUUGAGCAGCUCGAGGUCGGUAUCAAGGCUGUCCUCAAGGCUGGCGGUGUUGCUGAGGGUACUGUGUGCUACAGUGGAGACAUGUUGAACCCCAAGAAGAAGUACAACCUCGAGUACUAUCUCAGUGUUGUCGACAAGAUUGUCGGCAUGGGGGCGCAUAUCCUCGGAGUCAAGGACAUGGCUGGUGUGCUCAAGCCCCGCGCUGCCACCCUGCUCAUCGGUGCUAUCCGCGAGAAGUACCCCGACCUUCCCAUCCACGUUCACACCCACGACUCCGCCGGUACCGGUGUAGCAUCCAUGGUUGCUUGCGCCCAGGCCGGUGCCGAUGCUGUUGAUGCCGCUAUUGACAGCAUGUCUGGCAUGACCUCACAGCCCAGCAUUGGUGCCAUUCUGGCGUCUCUUGAGGGCACUGACCAGGACACUGGUCUUGAUCCCCACAUGAUCCGCAGCCUUGACGCCUACUGGGCUCAGCUCCGUCUCCUCUACUCUCCUUUCGAGGCUGGUCUUACCGGCCCCGAUCCCGAAGUGUACGAGCACGAGAUCCCCGGUGGUCAGCUUACCAACCUCAUCUUCCAAGCCUCGCAGCAAGGUCUUGGUGAGCAGUGGGCACAGACCAAAAAGGCGUACGAGCACGCCAACGACCUGCUCGGCGACAUCGUCAAGGUCACACCCACAUCCAAGGUUGUCGGUGACUUGGCACAGUUCAUGGUCUCCAACGGCCUGUCCUACGACGAUGUCCUUGCCAAGGCCGACAAGCUCGAUUUCCCGUCGUCGGUCCUUGAAUUCUUUGAGGGUCUCAUGGGCCAGCCCUAUGGUGGCUUCCCCGAGCCUCUCCGCUCCAAGGCUCUCCGUGACCGCAGGAAGAUGGACAAGCGUCCUGGUCUCUACCUCGACCCCAUCGACCUCGCCAAGAUCAAGUCCGACCUCAAGGCGAAGUGGGGCGAUGCUACCGAGUGCGACGUCGCGUCCUACGCCAUGUACCCCAAGGUCUUCGAUGAUUACAAGAAGUGGACGUCCAAGUACGGCGAUCUCUCCGUCCUACCGACCCGCUACUUCCUUGCUCGUCCCGAAGUCGGCGAGGAAUUCCACGUCGAGCUCGAGAAGGGCAAGGUGCUCAUUCUGAAGCUCCUUGCCAUCGGUCCGCUUUCCGAGCAGACUGGUCUCCGUGAGGUUUUCUACGAGAUGAACGGUGAGACCCGUGUCGUCUCCGUCGAGGACCAGCACGCCGCCAUUGAGAACGUCCGGAGAGCCAAGGCCGAUCCUACCGACACUAGCCAGGUUGGCUCGCCCAUGUCUGGUGUGCUUGUUGAGGUCCGUGUCAAGGAUGGCAGCGACGUCAUGAAGGGCGACCCUAUCGCUGUCCUCAGCGCCAUGAAGAUGGAAAUGGUCAUCUCCGCACCCCACUCCGGCAAGAUCGACGGCCUCUCAGUCCGCGAGGGCGACUCUGUCGACUCUGGCGACCUGGUCUGCAAGCUCGUCAAGUGA